GGCUAGCGUAUAUAACCCAGUUGGAACCAACAGAGCAUGUACCAGUCUCCUUCUUUCCGCCUCAGUAGAAUCAGCAGUGUGACCAUGAAGUCUCUCCUGGCCGGGUUCUUCCUGCUCGCGGCCUCUGGCUCGCUGCUGGCUCACCCCAUCACAGAGUCCGCUGAGAUGUCCUAUCCUGGACCCGCAGCAGUGGAGGACCGAGGGCUCGGCCCUCUGGACGAUCUCUCCCUCUCGGAGCAGGACUUCCCUCCUCCGGACGCUGGUCUCAGAUAUUCCACUCUGAUAUCUGGGGAGAUCGACAGAGACGGCGUCAGGACGACAGGCCUGUUCCCCCGCGGCAUGAAACGAGAGGUCCUGCUGGAGAAACAAAGUCUCCUGAAUCCUUUCAGCCGCGCGCUCGGCUUCAGGAAGCAGUUCAGGAAGAGAGCGGGGAACUCCGAGUGUUUCUGGAAGUAUUGUGUCUGAGACUGACCAACAGGCCCUCAAACAAUAAGCCCACAUGUUGCACUCACACACGUACAUGAGACCACAUCCACAUCAUUCGCCUGUUUGUGCUCACAUGCAUGUACUGUACUCACAAUUACAUGAGCAGGUAUGAUUGUGAGAUAUUGCUUGAGGACUUUUAUGUUGUGUGAAACUUAUAUUUGUGUGAGCGAUGUGUGACCCCGUGUAUUCUGAAUGUGAGAGUCUGAGGUUGCGCAGCACUGUCGUACGCUGAACAGAAAUAAACACCUAUAUUAUAAGAA